AUCUCUCUGCUCCCCUUUCUCUCGGCGGUGGGUCGGAGCCGCUGUCCCUGGCCUCGCAUGUUCCCCUCCGGAUUCCUGUUUUGAAUUUAAUGCCCCUCUUGUAGAUUUGCUCCAUUUACUCCGAAAGGGCCGCAGUCGGGCGUCCGUACACCGGUGUUUUAGUGCUCCCAGUAUUCGGCGUUGAGAGACUUUCCCCCCGAGCAUGGCUGUGGUGAGCGGAUCGUCUGGGCCGGUUGCCCGGCUCGAGGGCCGUGAAUUCGAAUACAUGAUGAAAAAGCGCUCGGUGACCAUCGGCCGGAACUCGUCUCAGGGCUCCGUGGACGUGAGCAUGGGCCACUCGAGCUUCAUCUCGCGGAGGCAUCUGGAGAUAUUCACCGCCAGCGACGACGGCACCGGCAGCGGAGAUUUCUACCUGAGGUGUCUCGGUAAAAACGGGGUGUUUGUAGACGGAGUGUUCCUGAGACGGGGCGCCCCUCCUCUGCAGCUUCCACGAAUGUGCACUUUCAGGUUCCCCAGCACAAACAUUAAGAUCACAUUCACAGCCCUGUCCAGUGGGAAGAAGGUGAAGCGUGAGGCGCCCGAGUCCCCAGUGAAACCAGUCCAGCCCCACAUCUCCCCCCUGACCAUCAACAUUCCAGACAACAUCGCUCACCUAAUGAGCCCCCUGCCAUCGCCGACUGGCACCAUUAGUGCUGCUAACUCCUGCCCCUCCAGUCCGCGGGGUGCAGGCUCUUCAGGCUACAGGAUGGGUGGUCGCAUGGUCAGCUCUGCGGAGCUGCAGCUUAUAAAUGACAACUCCCAGCCUGAGAACGACAAAGAGGCCUCUGGAGGGGACAGUCCCAAGGACGACUCGAAACCUCCGUAUUCCUAUGCACAGCUGAUAGUCCAGGCCAUAACGCUGGCCCCGGACAAGCAGCUCACACUAAAUGGAAUCUACAAUCACAUCACAAAGAACUACCCUUACUACAGGACAGCAGACAAGGGCUGGCAGAACUCGAUCCGUCACAACUUGUCAUUGAACCGCUAUUUCAUCAAAGUGGCACGGUCGCAGGAGGAACCAGGUAAAGGUUCCUUCUGGAGGAUAGACCCGUCAUCAGAGGGCAAACUCAUCGAGCAGGCCUUCAGGAAACGAAGGCCCCGGGGUGUCCCCUGCUUCAGGACCCCACACGGACCCCUCUCCUCCAGGAGCGCCCCGGCGUCUCCCAAUCACUCGGGGGUGCUCUCCGCUCACUCCAGCGGCGUCCAGACCCCGGACAGCUUAUCACGAGAGGGCUCCCCUGUCCCCCUGGAGCUGGAGACCUCCUCUGCUCCCGCCCCGGUGUCCACCACAGCGGUCCAGCCCAAACUGGCAGUGAUCCAGGAAGCACGCUUUGCACAAAACACAUCAGGCUCGCCUGUUAACAACCAGCCGGUACUCAUAGCAGUCCAGCGUCAGUUACCUCAAACCAUCAAGCCAGUGACUUACACCAUGGCCUCCCCAGUGAGCACCAGCACCUCCCAGCCUGCUGUCCAGACUGUCCACGUCCUGCAGCAGAUCCCGGCAGGGUCCCUCAGCUCCGCCGCCGUCAUCGCCCAGCCAGCCACCAUCAUCAAGAGUGAGCCGCAGGAGAACGGAGAGCACACGGAAGUCAAAGUCAAAGUAGAGACGGUUCCCACCAUCACCUCUAUAGGUGCCUCCAGUCGCAUCAUCCAGAGCUCCCAGUCAGCCACGCCCCUGCAGACUGUUACCAUAGUGCAGCAGGCCCCCGUGGGUCAACACCAGCUGCCCAUUAAGGCCAUCACACAGAAUGGCACCCACAGCAUCACCACUGCCAUCCAGGGACCCGCCAGCUCAGCUCCAGCUGUGGCGAGCCCCCUCCACCUGCUGGCGGCCCACGCCUCAGCCUCGGCCUCCCUCCCCACCAAACGGCAGAACGGGGACCAGCUGGCCAGCGAACAGCCGGACGCCAAACGCAACAAAUCAGAGGACGAGACGACCCCAGCCGCCGCGGCAGACUCGGACUCGUCGGCAGCUAACGACCAAGGCGGCCACCACAACUAGUCUGUUGAACCACACACCACACGAACCCCACCUUCACCACCACCACCACCUUCACCUUCUCCUCCCCCAUCCACGGUUUCUCUCUCUCUCUUUCUCGUCCCCGUCGUACGUU